CUGGUUAGACUGUUUGUUUUUUUGAUAUCCACACUGACAAAAUACAGAAGCUGUGUUAGAGCUCUCUUCUCUACCUAAUGCAUUACUUGUAUUUUGCUUGUGGGCUUAUCUGUGGAGUUUAAUAGUUGUUAAUUUAAUAAUAUAUUCCAUUUUUUCCCUCCAGUUUUUCGUUCAGUUUUGUGCUUGAUUUGUCUGUGAAUUUCCCUGUUUUGUCUGUGAAUCAAGGAUCUGUAAAUCCGUCCAACAUGAAGUGCUCAUCUGUUGCUGUAAUCCUGAUCCUCAACACUUUCUGUGCCUUCUCACAAGUUCCCCAUGAACUAAUGUAUGUUGUGGGCUGCUUUGUGAAUGGCACGGCUGAGGCACAGUAUGAGUUUGAUGGUGAGGAGAUUUUAUAUGUGGAUUUCCUAAGUAAGGAAGUCGUAUACACUGUACCAACGUCUAUUAAUCCGGAUCCAAGUCAGGUGUUGGUGGAUUUGAGUAUCUUUACAGACGCUGUGAACAGCAAGAAAUCAUGUUUGGAAUUAACAGCAGGCACUCAAGUGAAAGAAGAUUACCCACAAGAAGUAAAAGACCCUCCUGAGACUUUCCUCUUCCCCUCUGGAGACGUUGAGCUGGGAGAUGAAAACAGACUCGUCUGCUUCGUAAAUCAUUUCUACCCACCUUCAAUCAAAGUCAGCUGGACCAAAAAUGACCAGCCAGUUUCAGAGGGGACGUCACUCAGUCGAUAUUACCCCAAUGACGAUCAAACCUUCCGCCAGUUCUCAACUCUGACGUUCACGCCGAGCGAGGGCGACGUUUACAGCUGUACUGUGGAGCACUCAGCGCUGGAGACGCCCAGAACAAGAAUCUGGGAAGUUGAGGCCGUCAAAAGUCUUGGACCAGACAUUUUCUGUGGAGUGGGCCUGAGUCUGGGCGUGUUGGGGUUUGCUACUGGAGUAUUUUUAAUUGUCAAGGGAUGCUUCUACACUUUUCCUUUGUUUCUUUUGGUGUUAUCAACGGAAGGUGCUCUCUAUGGCAUCGGGUUGAACCGUUGCCAGUUUAGUUCCUACGAUGCUCACGAUGCUGUGUACCUGGAGCAGUACUACUUCAACAAGAUGUUGUUACUCCAGUACAACAGCACUUUGGGGAAAGCGAUUGGUUACACGGAGGAAACAAAAAAAAUUGCAGAUGAGCUCAACAGCCGACCAGCUUUUCUGAUAGAUGAGCUGUGGAAACUGGAGGUUUGCAAGAAAAAUGUCCCACAAGCUUAUAACAACCUCAUGCGGCCAGUCCAGCCCUACAUACGACUGACGUCGGCCAAGGAAACAAGCUACAAACAUCCAGGCAUGCUCGUCUGCAGUGUGUACGAUUUUUAUCCUAAACAAAUCACAGUGACGUGGCUGAGAAAUGGAAAAAAGGUUACUUCUGAUGUGUCGUCCACGGAUGAGCUGCCCAAUGGGAACUGGCUCUACCAGAUCCACUCCUAUCUGGAGUACACACCUACACCUGGAGAAAGGAUAUCCUGUAUGGUGGAGCACGCCAGCCUCAUGGAGCCCAAGGUUACUAACUGGGACCCAUUGCCUGAUUCAGCGGUGAAUAAGAUCUCUGUUGGGGCUGCAGGCCUGCUGCUGGGUCUGGUGUUUUCAGUUGGUGGGCUGAUUUACUACAAAAAGAAAUCUGCCGGGCGGACGUCGGUGCCAACGACUGAGUUCUAUCGCCUGCAGGUAUAUCACAGUGAAACUUCACUGACAACCCGCAGACCUGCAGGUAAAAUGAUUCACCAGAGACUAACCAGAGACUUGUUGUGCUCAAGACUAGGUCAGAUGUGUGACUGUGUGAGUUCCCGGCAACUGAGAUUAGAAUUGUUGUGUUCACGCUCUCUGCAGAGCAAGAGUCUCCAAAUAAAGACAACUGGCGGCUCAAACAUGAAGCUCUUCAUCGCAGUCCUGAUGAUCAACAACUUCUGUGCUUUCUCACAAUUUAACCAUGAAAUUAAAUAUGUCAUAGGAUGCUUUCUAGAUGGCACAAUUAACAUACAAUAUGAAUUGGACUCUGAAGAGAUCUUGUACGUGGAUUUUGAAAGUCGUUCAGUUGUAUACACUGUGCCCAGGAUUUUUUCAGAAGACCCAAGUCAGUUGUUUGAAAAUAUGCACGUGUACGAAAAUGCUGUGAAAGCCAAGAGGUUUUGUCCAGCAGCUCUGAUAUCCUACAUACUACUGGACGGAAAUCCAACAGAAGUUGAAGACCCACCUGAGAGCAUCCUCUACCCUGCAGAUGAAGUUGAGGCAGGAGUUGAAAACAGCCUCAUAUGCUUUGUCAACAAUUUCUUCCCACCUGCCAUUAAAGUCAGCUGGACCAAGAACGGUCUUCCUGUCUCCGAGGGAGUGUCACGCAGUCGAUUUUAUUCCAACGAAGAUCGAACCUUCUACCAGUUCUCUACUCUGACGUUCACACCGAGGGAGGGAGAUAUUUACAGCUGUACCGUCGAACACACAGCACUAGAGAAGCCUCUAACAAGAAUCUGGGAACCUGAGCUCAGUCAUCGCGGUCAUGGACUGGAUGUUUACUGUGGAGUGGCUGUGACUGUAGGUUUACUGGGCAUCGCAGCUGGAACAUUUUUGCUUGUCAAGGGCUGCAGAGGAAAUAAUUGAUCCAAGACUCUCGAACACGACACUAAUAAAAACAUCUGUUGACUAAGUUCUCAAAGAAGGAGUGAAUUAAUCAAUACUUAAAUGUUACGAAUGUGCACACAAUAGUACCAUAUAAAAGGAAAACCAAUCAUCAGCUAUGUUUUUAUGUGGGAUGAACAGGUCAUAUGCUAGAUUAUAUUUAACUGAACACAUAAGCAGUGGCUAUCAUCUGCAGCUUCUUUUGAUACAACUUUUUAUGAUGAGAAGUGUUUUAUAUUUACCCUGUGACUAUUAUAGGGCCUUGUAUUUUAAAGGGGGAAUUUUAUUCUGUCAUUUUAUGGUGCCUUUUCUGGUUUGCAGCAUUGUUUAGUACAUUAUGCUGUAACAACACUUGUUGUGAAUAUUGUAUUAUUAGAACAUGUUGGGACUAUUGAGUUUUCAAUCAUAUUAAUAUAUUGUUUGUUUAUAUAUAAAACUGAAUUGUAAUUCUUUCUGUGCAUUAUAUGCAUCAUGGUAGUAAUUUGACAUAAUUUGCCAAUAAAGCUCAUUCUGAUUAUUUA